CCAUAGGAAAGGAAACGCAUGGUUUCGUUUCCUUGUAGAUUCUGCUACAGAUAAUAUAUUAGAUAGAGAGAGAUACAGAGAGAGAAGUACCUCCCUUCCCUAGGUUAUCUAGGGUUCGACUGAGCGAUUUUACAUCGUCAUCAUCUAAAGGGCAGGGAGAGAAUCGAAGAGGAAAGUUUUUCAUGGCGAAGAAAAGGAAGUCUGAUGCAACUCGUCUGGACGAGGUCGAUCGAACGAUGUACACCACUUUCUGCAGCGCUGCGAAUUCGCUGUCGCAGCUUUAUACCCAGGCUAUGAAUCAGCAGAAGCUUGUCUUCCAAGCCGGAGAACGCCAUGCCCUGGAUAAACUUUACCAAUGGAUCUUGAGACAACAAGAAGAAGGAUCGAGAGUGAUGACGACUGAUAUUCUAGCUUACCUCCAGAAUGAGCUUGACUAUGGUGGAGAGGAGCCUCCAAUGUCCCCCAGAUUGCAUUCCCAAAAUCAACAUUCCUUGCCCACAGCGCAUGUCAUGAAUGGCAUCCAAGUUUCUUCUGGUUCUUUUGGGGCAGCAACUGUUGGGCAAGGUCCACGGUCCGGGCAGUCUGAUAGUCAAGCAAAGAAUUCAGUUUUCUCGAAUGCUCUUUCAAGUCCUGUUCGCCGUAGUCUUCAGCAUUAUCAUUUGGCUCAAGGAGGCUACCAUCCAAACAGCAUUGUGCCUGCUGGAAAUGGAACCCGGAAUAGUGAAACCAACUUUUCUCAUCACCAGAACAGGGAUACCAACUCCCCCUGCUCAAAUGAUUCCUCCAUGGAUAUGCAUGCGGACAGUCCUGGUCAUGAAUCUUCUUAUUAAUAUUCGGUGUUGCAAGAUUGCUGCCAUGUGCUGGUACAAGUCUUGGAAGAGGAGAGCUGUGAUUCAGUCUCUUCAUUUGCUUCAAGUCCCAUAUGGAAUGAAAGGUGUGAGAAGGUUGUUACUUGUGGGAAUAAGAAUGCAACAUGUUUCUAGAUGUGGGUAUGCAAAGCAAAAAGGUAGUAUGUUCUCAUGAAGCACAUAAUGCAAUGUGAGGAGCACCGAAAUCGUCAACUGAUUUGUGGAGUGGUUCUCUAAGUCUUUUGGUGUUCUAUAUAUAAAUGUUAAGGUUUUCUUUGAACGAAUCUGACAUUUGAUUGUAGGCCCUCUUUAGAGAUUCACAAUGAAAGUUGUGUACUUUCGUUAGGUUCGUUGAUAUAUAGCUUGUAGUUGAAGAUUUGCUUUCUAUGUUGAAAUUCAAUUCUCAUGGCGAACA